CUGGACUUCGAGAAGAAGAACAUCACACUUGAACACCUCGUCAGGCGAUUCUCUGCUCUCAAGGUCGUCCGUGUGCAGAACGAAGGUUGGGAAAUGCCUACCAUGCAUAUACCGGAUCGUUUCCAGCUCGUCGCUAUCUUGAAUUACAGGCCUCGACGCGACGAGAACGGGGCUCUCGCACAUCGUCUCGAGGACUGGCAUUAUUGGAGCGGCCUUCCCAACGAUCUAAAAAUCGUUAGCAGGAUAAGGUGUUAUCCUUGGGAGUCUAUAGGUCGAGACUCAUUCUUCGAUGAUCUAGUGCAAGAGAUACGACCUUUAGAUUCGAUCAAAGCGUUGGAUUCUAGAUUGGCCAAGCUGCGCGCCUUUCAAUGGUGUCAUAAGCCAUUUGACGGCGAGGACUUGGUCAAGCUUUUGACCUUGUUUCCCGAUCUGGAUAUUGUUUCAGUACAUGUCAAGAAGACGGAAGAUCACGACAAGUUGUUGGACUGUCUGUCUAGCCGACCUGCCACGCUAAAGGACGUCCACAUUGAAGGAGCAUCACUAUCGUGGCUUUUUCCAUUGUCCCAGUGUCAACGAUUGAAGCUCGAAUGCUUCGGGGUGACGAACGCAGACGAGGAGAAACUCAAGGAGGCACUGAUCUCGGCAGUGGCCCAUGGAACGAAAGGCCAAAUCUGCCCCCUUCAAGAUCUGACCGUACUUAUCGACGAGUGCGAAGCGAUCAUCAGCCAGGCUUUGAUGGCAGAUAUCCUUCAAUGGGUCACCGGGCCUACGUCAACGAUCGUUUUGCAAGCCAAGGACGACGAUGUAACAACAACCACUGGGCGAUGGGUAGACGAUAUCCUUUGGACGAUGCGAUAUCGCAAGGAGAUCCGACAGGCACCCCAAAGAGCCCUACCGAACAAUGGACGAGGUUACCGAAAGGUUCUCCCGUCGAUCCAAGAGCGUCAAGUUGGCUAAGAUGCUCGUCUGCGAUUACAACUUAUUAAAGUAAACGAUCAAGAACUUGACUACUACACACCGGGAGUAGCCCGGUACCGAUAAUGCAGAGAAUGGUCGAGAUGAGAACGGUUAGCGGCGGAGCGGUAGAAAUAUAUGCGGAU